AUGGAUUACUUUUGCGGUGGUUCAAUAAUCAGCAUUGACCAUAUUGUAACUGCUGCUAGUUGCAUCAUUAACAAACUUAACAAAUUUAUUAAACACGAUGUUACAAUCGCACAAAUAAACUCGAUAAACAACUCUGGUACGAAAAUUCUGGGACAAGUUGAGAAGAUGUACAUUCCUAGUGAUUACACUCCUGGUAAAAAUGAUAUUUCAGUUCUCAAGUUAAAAGAUAGCUUGAGACAACAACGGAAUCAAACGUUAAGGAAAUUGGAUUUUGCUUUAAAUAUGCAAGUUUACUAUGACAUUGUUAAAAAAGUAUGCCAUCCCAGGAAUGUUUUAUCAAACGAGUUUAUAUCGAACAAAAGUAAUCGAUACUGGGGCUUUACCUGCGAGUACAGUACUGUUGCUAGUUUUGGUUGA